AUGAAGCAGAGAAGAUUUGUUCAAAAAAAUUAGGCAACUUUUACUCAUUUUGUUAGUGUACCCUUAAUUUUAUAACCUACUUAAGGGAAACUUUAAAAAUUAAUGGAUGACAUUCAUAAAAAGUACAAUUUUGAUUAAUCUAUGAAUCCUAAUAACCCAUUUUUAUUUCAUAUCACAAUAUCAAUGCUUGGAUUAUCUAAUUAAGAAAAAAUAAAUAAAGCUAGAUAAAUAUUCAUAGAUAAUGAGCAAACAAUUAAAAAUUAUUUAAAAAACUCUUCUAUAAAACUUAAAGGUUUAGGAUGCUUUCAAAAUCGAUUAAAUUAAUAAAAUAAAUAUUACAAAAGAGGCCCUUAUGAAGAUUUAAAUAUUAUUUAUCUAAAUGUAGAUGAAACUCCUCUAUUACCUGUUUCUGAUUUUAUAAUUAGAUAAUUUUUGUAAGCAGAAAUCUUUGAUUCAGAUGAUUUAAAAUCAAUGAAUUUGAUAAUGGAUUAGUAAUCAAAAAUGUUUAGAGCAGAGAAAUUCCAUAUAACUUUAUUUCGAUUAAAGGAUUGUAAAAUAAACUUUCAAUAAUUAUUUGAUGAAUAUAAAGAUUACCAAUUUGGUGAUGUUCCUAUACAAUAUUUUGAUAUCAGCACAAGAUGGUAAUAUGAUAAAGAUAAGUUUUAUCAACCUUUAGCAAGAAUAGUUAUUGAUUGA